AUUAUUUGGAAGCGUGUUAGCGCCUUUUUUGCAUGGAAUCAGUUCAUUCUAAUGAACUAUAGUGAAAAGAGGGACGUAAAUCUGCAAAAUCACAAACAUUAAUUCAGCAUGGAUGAUGGAGGGGAGUUGAGCUUGGUGAAGAAAGUUGUCCACUCGCUGGUGGUGUCCUCACCAGGAAAACUGACCGUUGAGCAGUUGAUGCGGGAUUACCGCAGCGAAGAGGGCUGCACUUUGCCCUACAGCAAACUGGGAUUUAAGGACGCCGAAUCCUUUCUCCGAUCCAUUCCGGAUACGGUUACGGUGACGGGCCACGGACAAAUGGCAUGGAUAACUGCAGUAGCCACUGCCAAAUCGGCGCACAUUCAGAAAUUGGUCCGUUGCCAAAAGAAGUCCAAGAAUCGAGGCUCCCACAAACCCAAGUAUUGCUACGCCUCCGAGCCAUCCAAUCUGGUCUUCAUUAACGAAAGCGUCUCUAAAAUGAAAAACAGAAAAGCGCCGUUCCCAACUUAUCAGGUGCCCAGAAAUCUGAAACUUCCUGUAUCAUAUCCCAACUAUAAUCGACUGUUAUAUCCCGUCCAUACGCCUCAUAUUGACCAAAUGAUCAGCACCGGACAGCAACAGAGUACCCUUAGAACCCAAAGGCCAAGCUUUCCAUGUAACGCCAACUCCAAGUCAUUGAAAGUUAAUGAUUGGUCGCAGAAAGACCGAAAACAGGAACCCUCAAAGGAGCGAAACAAUCAGAAAUAUCCUAAAAUAACUACUGAGAAUAAGCAAGAGAAAGAAACCGAGGAAUUGGCCCAAGCUUUUGAAAACCUUUCCGUGGAUGUUGCUCCCACUGAUCACCAAGAAAAGCUAAAGUGCGAAAUAUAUGAGGAUAAUGAGGACGAAUUCGUGAGAGACCCCUUUAUCUAUGGAGAGGUUAAAGAGAAAGAAGAUGAAGCGGUGGUGCUCGCAUUUGACGCCGUUUCCGAGGAUGGUUUUGAUCUCUUAUCGAUGACCACAACUCAACAGAAUGCUGUCAAGCCCCUGGAUCCGCCGGAGGAUUGCUUACACUACGCGUCUUCUGACGAUGGGGAAGAUGAAAAUGCCAUUCCAGCUUAUGCUGUGGACCAUCGAGUUCUGGACGUGGACUACCCUAGGGAUGCGGUUCGUUCUGCUUUCACACUGCCUGCUCGCGAUAUUGAAUCCAUUAUCGAAUUACAGCAGCGCAUUAGGGUGCAGUUGGUGAGUUUGGUCAAUCCACACAAUUUUAACUUCUGGAUAUAUAACGAUGACUUUAAAGACUACGAGGCACAGUUUGCCAAUAUGCAAACGUUUUAUGAAAGUUCGGAAUCGAAAAAUUACACAAUGCCACUGUUUUUGAUAACUACGGAUCAUCUUUGUGUGGUCCGCUGUACGAGUGGCUGGGAAAGGGCCAAAGUAUUAGGUUAUCGGUCCAGUAACAACAAAAUGACGAUCGAGGUUGAGCUGGUUGACAUAGGGGACAUAAUCCGCGUGAGCCAACAGAAUGUUAAGUUUUUGAUCAAGCCGUUUGCCUUGCUGCCACGUCAAUGUUUGGCGGGUCGAUUGGCGUUUAUAACGCAGUGUAAGUCUCCAAACUGGACCGCAGAAGUUGUUAAUUUCUUUCACGAUAUGAUAUUAUUGCGCCUGCUUUACGCCAAGGUCGAAGCUAUUAAGAACAACACUGCCUAUCUUGUGCUAGUUGAUACGGAAUCACAAGGACACACUGUUAAUUUAAAUAGAUCGCUCAUAGAAACUGGUUGGGUGCGGCGCUGCACGAGUGCAUAGAUUUCUAUUAUAUGGAUACUGCAUUAAUUGCUUUAAUUACUUUAAUGACCAAUCUUAUUGUUGAGCACAAUUCAAAUCCCUAUUUGUCGAAUAGAUUGAUUAUGUUUCCCACAGUAUGACUUUAAUAAAACUCGUUAAAGUAUUAUUUUAAGGC